AAAAAAAAAGAAAGAGAGGUAACAAAUGUUUACAUUGUGGGAUUCAAAAUGCCAGUUGAUCAAAUACAAUAUUCUGAAAAAUACAGUGAUGAUAAAUAUGAAUAUAGGCAUGUUAUUUUGCCACUUGAUUUAGCGAGGCAUGUUCCAAAAACUCAUCUUAUGUCAGAAACUGAAUGGAGAAAUUUGGGAGUUCAACAAAGUCCUGGUUGGGUCCAUUAUAUGAUGCAUGUGCCAGAACCUCAUGUGCUACUGUUUCGUAGACCAAGGACUGAUUGUUUAAUAACUACAAGACCCACAUCUUUUCAAAGGGAAUACUAAAGUGUACAUCAAGUUUAUUAUCUGUGUCUAAUAACUGAUAUAUUAUUUAGUGAAAUGUGUAUAUGAAACAUAAUGAUUUAAGGCAAAUUAGAAGAAUUUAUAGUUUGAAUGACACUAUUGUAGUGAUCGAUUGUUAUAAUCAUGUUCUUGUUACACUUAAUAUGAUAAUUGUUGCUUUGUAAGUUUUGAAGCACAAUGUUUAAAUGGAUAAAGUUCGUUCAUGUAUAACUAAUUAGUAUUUGAGAUCUAAUAAUCUUCUGCCAACAUUUUUUCAUCAAAUAUGUAUAAAUAUCUAAUUAUUUUAAUUUGUACAAUUUUGCGAAAUUUGUAACAAUGUUUUGCUAAUCAUUGUAUAAAACAAAACAAAUCUGUGUAAAUAUUAUUGAUUAAAAAUGAUACAAUAUCUUGGAAUUUGUAAUUUGUUUCAAAAAACUUAAUACAAUGUAAGUACGUGUCAUUACACACUGAUGUAAUCAAAUUAUUUUGAAAUUAUAAAAUUAAUAGCACAACAUAGUUACCAUCGGCAUGUAAUUAAUCAAGCUAAUUUAAUUCAAUAUAAGCGUAUGUUAAGCUCUGUAUACAUAUAGCUUACUUAUUUAGAUUAAGUUUAAUGUAUUUAUUAAUAUAGUGUACUAAUAAAAUACUUGUUACCAAAAUUAUAAUCCUUUAUAAUAAAU